CUCUCCUCAACGACCACGACGGCGCUGGGGGUGCGGAGACCUCCGGCCUGGCCCCUGAAAGCGCCGUGGACUUCUUAUUGCAACCCUGCGCUCCUACGUCUUUGUACGUUCCUCGACGGGCCAAGCAUGAAGAAGACGUGGAAGUUUCCGCCGGGUCGACCGUCUUGUGGCGCUUCUCUGUCGGGGACGGUCUAGACAUCUCCUUCAAGGGCACUUUUCGCCCCCAUGCCGGCACCGCUGACACCUCCCCAACCGAGGAUCUGACUCCCUUACCCGUGGAAAUCGUCGUGGAGGGCCGUUUUCCUCAGGCAGGAAGUGCUGUGCCCGCGCCUCUCAGCCCCGACGCAGAGGCGGGACGGGCCGAG